GAACGGAAACGAGAGAGUUUCUCUCAUGCCAAUCUUCUACUGAUCCUCUCUCUCUCUCUCUCUCUCUCUCUUUCUUCACUUGACAAUGACAUGACACGAGCAUAAAUCUGUUACUGGAAACCGAGAGAAGGCGAUGAAGAGCAGCAAUAUCAUGGCGGAUAAGGGUCGGAUCUUGCCUGUUGACCCGAACCUCCAGACGUGGGUCUGCCAGAACUGCCGCAACUACCUUUGCAUCCUCGACGAUACCUUCUCCUCGUCUCGCUCCGGAAUGCACGGUUCUUUGAUCAACGGUUCUGGAAGUGUGUUAGGGUCCACAAGUAUGGACCAUUCUUUUGUUGUAUUGCCAAAGCAGAGAAAUCAGGUUCAGGGGGUUCCUCCUCGUCCUCGCAGCGGAGGGGUGCAGCCCAAUUCAAGUCAGUCUGGGAAGGCAAUGGAAGAGUCGUUCGUGGUGUUGCCUCCACCGGCUGCGUCUGUCUACCAGUGUGACUCUACAUCUGAUGAAGGUGGGGUUCAUUUAUCAUCACAGGGAGGAACGAGUUCUCCUAUGCAGUCAAAUAAUUCUGGGCUGCACUCGAUCAUAACUGUCUUGCAGCGUGCAUUUGGUAUUGCUACAACCCAGAUGCAGGUUGAGCAACCAUUAUGCCUGGAGUGCAUGAGAGUGUUAUUUGAUACACUUGAUAAGGAGGCUGAAGAUGUUGACAGUGACAUCAAAGCUUAUGAAGCCUGCCUCCAGUUCUUAGAGGGGGAGGCACCCAAUGUUCUUAGUGAAGCUGAAUUUCUCAAGGAGAAAUUAAAGGUUCGUUCCUCCAUAUUUACAUGUGAUUCUUGGCUGAUCUCGGCCAUACUGGCCAUUCCGUGUAAUUUUCGUUCCUUUUGGGUGGGUGCCUGCUGCUUAAUCUCUUUUGCAGAGAGACGAAUAAAUGAGUCUUUUGUGAGAAUACAGCUGGACAAGUUCAAUGAAAGCCUGCAAGAGAUUGAAGAAGAAGAACGGAACCUUGAAGCAGCAAUUAAAGAGACAGAAAAACAGUGUGAGAAAGUGACUAGCGAACUAAAGGAAUUGGAGUUGAAAUCUAUCUGCUUCACAGAGUUGGAAGAGCGGUAUUGGCACAAGUUCAACAAUUUCCAGUUCCAGCUAAUUUCACACCAGGAAGAGAGGGAUGCAAUUUUGGCUAAGAUUGAAGUUUCGCAAGCACAUUUGGAGUUAUUGAAGAAAACCAAUGUGCUUAAUGAUGCCUUCCCAAUCUUGAGUGAUGGAGAAUUUGGAACAAUUAGCAACUUCCGAUUGGGUCGACUUCCUAAAAUUUUGGUAGGGUGGGACGAGAAAAAUGCUGCUUGGGGCCAAGCUUGCCUUCUUCUCCAUACCAUGGCUCAAUAUUUUCAGCCGAAAUUCUCAUACCGGAUAAAGGUUCUUCCUAUGGGGAGUUAUUCUCAAAUUAUGGACAGCAGGAGCAAUAAGUAUGAGCUGUAUGGCCCGGUGAACUUGUUUUGGAGCUCUAGAUACGACGAAGCAAUGAAAUUGUUCUUGACUUGUCUUAAGGAGUUUGCAGAAUUCGCAAAUUCCAAGGAUAAAGAAAACAACAUCCCACCUGAGAAAUGUUUCAAGCUGCCUUUUAAGAUUGAGAAUGAUAGAGUUGGAAACUACUCUAUCGCACAAAGCUUCAACGAAGAAGAAAAUUUUACCAGAGCUCUCAAGUACACUCUCAACAAUUUAAAGUGGGUUCUCUUCUGGUUUGUCGGGAACACAAAUUUCCAGCCUCUUUCAGCAAGUCUCUCCAAAUGAAGUUGCACCCGGCUCUUGGCACUAGAAACAGUGUGCUGACUGAACUCGAAUCUUGAAAUUUUUUAUACUUGUGAAAUAGGUGUAUGCAUAGAGUUUGAUCUUCUUCUGCUCAUGGCCAAUUAUAACUACUUGUACAGCAUAAUAUUACCUGCCUGUGAUAUUUGGUACACUAGAAAAUAACGUGUUUGUUUUUCUGGUUCUUUUCAAAAGUGUCGGGUUUUGACAUGUAUUGAGAUGUAUAGAAGUAGAAGAUGCAUGAUUUCACCUUCA